UUUCCCAGAGCGGCCCCAGGGUACCUCCGGUUUCGGACGCGGGGUGGGGAGGUCACUUCCGGUUGGGUUGCCGUGCUGCAGCGGGUGGGGCUAUCGGGGCCUGGCCCGGCGGCGGCUCCUCUGCGGUGCUGAGGUCGCCCUAGAGGGCUGCGUCCCCGGAUGCCCGGGACCCUCAUGGCCUGGUGACUCGAGGCCCUCUCCUUGCCAGCUCCUCUCCACCUCGCAGACGGUAAGCCAGCUCUCCAAAUAAACCCCGCUACCAUAGCCCCCGGCUUGAGCCGAGUCUUUCCCUCGCAUGUCUUUUUGAUGUCCUUCAGUGAAGUUUUACCAUUUUGUCCCUGGCAUUUUGGACAACACUUGAUGGCCAUUGUUGAAUGUAUGGUUAUGUAGAUGCGUUGUGUGCAUCUGCUGGAGAGUCUUGUGCUUCUAGUAGCACCAGUGUGGCUUACUGCUGACUUCCUCCCCUUGGACGCCCAGGGUGCCAGGCGAUGGCAACUUUGCACCUGUCUGCCCUGCCCCAGCAGCCCUUGUCAUUCCAGGCUGAGGUGACCUUUGAGGACGUGGCCGUGCUAUUCUCCCGGGAGGAGUGGGGCCGUCUGGGCCCUACUCAGAGGGGCCUCUACAGGGACGUGAUGCUGGAGACCUACAGGAAUCUGGUCUCCCUGGGAGCUGGACGUGCAGGUCCCAAGCCUGGGGUGAUCACACAGUUGGAGCGAGGGGAUGAACCAUGGGUCCUGGAUGCACAGGGUGCCAAAGGGAAAGGGCGACCGAGAGUCAGUGUCUCAGCUCGUGGGACCAGGACUGAGUACAGUGAGUUGUCUUCAGGAGAAAUGCUUGAUGGGGAAGAACUGGAUCGACUCCAGAGUGCCGUUUCCCAGGGACCUGAGCCCGGAGAGGCCCGUGCGUGUGUCCGGGAGCCAGAGGACAGCCUGGACGAGCCUGUGGAACAGAGAUGCCUGAGGCCAGUCGCAUGGACUAAUGAGGAGAGCAUCCAGGAGUCUGCAGGGAGCCUCAGCUUCCAGUCAAGCCCGAUCUCUGACCAGAGACCUCAUAAAUGUGAUAUAUGUGAACAAAGUUUUGAACAGAGAUCAUAUCUUAAUAACCAUAAGCGUGUACACAGGACAAAAAAGAUAAAUGUAGUCCAUGAUUCCGGGGAAUUCUUCAGUGCAAAUCUGGCUAAAGAAGCUCAGAUAAUUCCUCUUGGGAAAAAAUUGCAUCAUUGUGGUUACUGUGGGAAAGCCUUCAGGUACAGUGCUAACCUCGUCAAGCACCAGCGGCUUCAUAGUGAAGAAAAGCCCUACAAGUGUGAAGAGUGUGGGAAAGCCUUCGGCCAGAGCUGCGAGUUCAUCAGUCACCGAAGGAUGCAUUCAGGGGAGAUCCCCUACCGGUGUGGUGAGUGCGGGAAGACAUUCAACCAAAGGCCCAACCUCAUGAAGCAUCAGAGGAUUCACACCGGGGAGAAGCCCUACAAGUGUGGUGAUUGUGGGAAACACUUCAGUGCCUAUUCUUCCCUUAUUUACCACCAGAGAAUCCACACUGGAGAGAAACCCUAUAAGUGCAAUGACUGUGGGAAAGCCUUCAGUGAUGGCUCAAUCCUCAUCCGGCAUCGUCGGACUCACACUGGAGAGAAGCCAUUUGAGUGCAAAGAAUGUGGCAAAGGCUUUACCCAAAGUUCUAACCUUAUCCAACAUCAAAGAAUUCACACUGGGGAGAAACCCUAUAAAUGCAAUGAAUGUGAGAAAGCCUUCAUCCAAAAAACCAAACUGGUUGAACAUCAGAGAAGCCACACUGGAGAGAAGCCCUAUGAGUGUAAUGACUGUGGCAAAGUCUUCAGCCAAAGCACACACCUUAUUCAGCAUCAGAGGAUCCACACGGGAGAGAAGCCGUACAAGUGCAGUGAGUGUGGGAAGGCCUUCCACAACAGUUCCAGACUCAUCCACCACCAAAGGUCACACCACGGAGAGAAGCCGUACAAAUGCAGUGAUUGCAAGAAAGCCUUUAGCCAGGGUACUUACCUCAUCCAGCACCGGAGGAUCCACACUGGGGAGAAGCCCUACAAGUGCAGCAAGUGUGGGAAGGCCUUCCGGCACAGUUCCAACAUGUGCCAGCAUCAGAGGAUUCACCUCCGGGAGGACUUUGCGAGGUGACUGUGGACGAGGGCCCAUGAGUUCUGCUGUGCACUUCUCCAUAUGACCCACCCCACCCCUUUAUUUAUUGUCCGUACAGUGUUGUCACAGAUGAAGGGCAUUUCUAAUUAAAAACAAACGAAACUCUUUCCUUAAUCCCAAAGCCGUGCAUGUUCAUUUUAGAGAAAUUGAGAGAGAGGUAGGCAAAAAGAAGUUCUUGUGAUUCCCCCCAUUUAGAAAAUGAAUCCAUUACUGCUGAUUUAGUAUAAGCUUCCUUUCACACAGUUCAGCACGUUGUCAAAAGAAAAUACUACGUGCUUGUCAUUGCAGCACAGAGGAUCUUCACCUUUGUUAUUUCCCCGACCCUAGAAAACUCACACUGGAAAAAUUCUACAUAUUUACAUAUUGUAAUUUAAAAAGAUUAGCAUCAUGUUCAUGCUUUUCCGUGUAUCUUAAUAGAGGUGAUAUUGUGGUAAAAUACACAUAACCUAAAACUUACCAUCUUUACUGUUUUUAGGUGUACAGCUCAGUGGCAUUAAAUACACUCACAAUGUUGUAUAACCAUCACCACUAUUUCCAGAACUGUUUUAUGAUCUGAAACAAACUCUGUACACAUUAAAUAAUAACUCUCCCUUUCUCUCGGCUGCUGACAGUCUGUUCUGUUUUCUGUCUGUGAAUUUGCCUAUUCUGGCUUCUUCAGGUAUGGAGUCAUAUAGUAUCUGCCCUUUAUAUCUAGCUUAUUUCGCUUUGCAUGAUGUCCUCAAGAUUUAUCCAUGUUGUAACCUGUAUCAGAAUGUCAUUUUUUUUAUGCCUGAAAAAUAUGACCUUGAUUUGUAGAUACCAUGUUUUAUUUAUCCAUUCAUCUCUUAAUGGGCACUUGGGUGUUGUAUACAAGUAUUUUUUGGAUCCUUUCAGUACUUUGGGGUAUAAUCCUGGGAGUGAAAUUGCUGGAUCAUAUGGUAAUUCCACGUUUAACUUUUUGAGGAGUGGCCAGACUUUUCCACACAGUGGCUAUACCGUUUUAUAGUCCCACCAGCAAUGAAUAGAAGGUUCUGAUUUCUCCACAUCCUUGCCAACAUUUGUUAUUUUCCAUUUUUUAAAGUUUGAUAUAUUUAUUUCUAUACACAACAUGGGUCUUGAACUCACAACCCUGAGAUCAAGAGUCGCAUGCUCUUCUGACUGAGCCAGCCAGGCACCCCAAUUUUUCCAUUUUUAAAAAUAAUAUCUAUACUAAUGAGUGUGAAGUGGUAUCUCAUUGUGGUUUUGGUUUGCAUUUCCCUGAUGACUAAUGAUGUUGAACAUCUUUUCAGGCACUUAUUGGCCAUUUGUAUAUCAUCUUUGGAGAAAUGUCUGUCCUAGUCUUUUGCCAACUUUUGAAUUGGGUUCUUUCUUAUUGUUGAGGUGUAGGAGUUCUUUGUAUGUUUUGCGUAGUAAUCCCUUAUCAGGUAUAUGAUUUGGAAAUAUUUACUCUAAUUCUGUGAGUUCUGUCUACUGUUAUUAGUGUCCUUUGUUGCACAAAAGUUUUUAAUUUUUAUGAAGUUCAGUGUAUUUUUUUCUUUUGUUGCCUGUGCUUUGUGUGUCCUACUCAAGAAAUUGCUAAGUCCGAGGUUAGGAAGAUUUUCCCCUCUGUUUUUUUCUGAGGUUUGUAGUUUUAGGUCUUUGAUCCAUUUUAAGCUAAUUUUUUAAUAUGGUAUAAGGUAAGAGUCCAAAUUCCUUCUUUUGGAAGUAGACCUCCAAUUUUCCCUACAACAUUGUUUUUAAAAGUUUAUUCAUAUAUGUUUGAGAGCAAGAGUACAAGUUGUGGAGUGGCAAAGAGAAGGGGAGAGAGAAUCCUAAGCAGGCUCUGUGCGUCAGCGCAGAGUCUAAUGUGGGGCUUGAACCCACAAACUGUGAGAUCAUGACCAAAACCAAGAGUCAGGUGCUUAACCGACUGAGCCACCUAGGCGCCCCAUCCUACAACAUUUUUUGAAAAGACUUGGCUUUCCUUAUUGAAUGGUGUAUAGCAUACCUCAGAGAUCUUGAGGGCUCAGUUCCAGACCACUGUGAUAAAGCACAUAUGUCCGUAAAGCAAGUGAAAUGAAUUUGUGGUUUCCCAUUUCAUAUGAAAGUUACAUUUACGGGACAGCGUAUUAAGUGUGCAAUAGCAUGUCUAAAAAACCAGCAUACAUACCUUGAACAGUUUAUUUCAAACAAAUGGUAGUCAUCAUGUGAAUCAUUAUCACUGGUCACAGGUUAUCAUAACAAAUGUAAUAAUGAUGAAAAAGUUUGAAGUAUUGCAAAAAUUACCAAAAUGUGACAGACACAAAGUGAAUAAAUGCUGUUGGGAGAAUACUGCCAAUAGACUUGCUUGA